UUGGUCUCAGAGUUCAUACGACACACGAGCCGAGGUGCUAUGGAGCUGACUGGCGCCGAGCUGAUAGCCGAGUCUCUGAAGACUCAGAAAGUGGAGUACAUGUUUGGGAUAGUUGGCGUUCCAAUCAUUGAGGUGGCCAUGGCUGCCCAGGCUGCCGGGAUCAAAUAUAUCGGAAUGCGCAACGAGCAAGCGGCAUGCUAUGCAGCAUCUGCCGUUGGAUAUCUUACAGGGAGACCCGGUGCCUGCCUGGUAGUGUCUGGUCCUGGACUCAUCCAUGCUCUGGGUGGGAUGGCCAACGCCAACAUGAACUGCUGGCCGGUGAUUGUCAUUGGGGGUUCCUCUGACCGAAACCAGGAGACGGGAGGAGCCUUUCAGGAGUUCCCUCAGGUGGAGGCGUGCCGGCUGUACAGCAAGUUUUCUGCCAGACCCAGCAGCCUAGAGGCUAUCCCCUCAGUCAUAGAGAAGGCCGUCCGCACAAGCAUGUAUGGCCGCCCGGGGGCUGUUUACGUUGACAUCGCAGGGGACAUGGUCAAUGCUAAAGCCGACAGGAGCAAAGUCAGACAAGCCUCCUGCUGCCCGCCUCCACCACUGAGUUUGGCUGACCUGGACGCGGUCACCGAGGCCGUCUCUGUCCUAAAAGCAGCCAAGGCACCGUUGGUCAUCAUUGGGAAGGGAGCAGCCUAUAGCCGAGCAGAAAUCGUGCUGCGGGAAUUUGUGGAGACGAGUGGCUUGCCAUUCCUCCCCACACCCAUGGGGAAAGGAGUCCUGCCCGAUACUCACACAAACUGUGUGGCUGCUGCCCGCUCAAGAGCUCUUCUCCAGGCUGAUGUCAUCCUUCUGCUUGGAGCCAGGCUAAACUGGAUCCUGCAUUUUGGUCUGCCACCUAGAUUUAACCCUAAUGUUAAGAUCAUUCAGGUGGACCUCUGUGCUGAGGAGAUGGGUAACAACGUGAGGCCAGCUGUUGCUCUGCUGGGCGACAUCUGUGCUGUUGUAACUCAGCUACUUAAGUGUGUCCGCAAAGAGGGCUGGAAAUAUCCCGACAACACGGUGUGGUGGAGCACGCUGAGAAAAAAGAGAGCUGCCAAUGAAGAGAUAUCCAAGUCCCUUGCUCUAAAGGCAACCUUCCCCCUGAACUACUACACAGUGUUUCAUCACAUGGCCCAGCUGCUGCCGAAGGAUUGCAUCAUCGUCAGCGAGGGGGCCAACACCAUGGACAUUGGACGAACCAUGCUGAACAACCACCUGCCUCGACACAGGCAAGGCACGCACUCUCACCGAGAACGUUCUGAUGUAGUUCUGAUGACGUGCAGGUUGGAUGCAGGCACCUUUGGAACGAUGGGAGUAGGCCUUGGCUUUGCUAUAGCGGCGGCUGCUGUGGAGAGGAGCGAGGCCAGAGGCAGGAGAGUUGUGUGUGUGGAAGGAGACAGCGCCUUUGGGUUUUCCGGCAUGGAGGUUGAGACCAUGUGCAGGUAUAAUUUACCAGUGGUGAUUAUUGUGGUCAACAAUAACGGGAUAUACAGUGGAGUUAGUUCUGAGACAUGGAAAGAGAUGACAAAGAUGGGGGAUCUUACCUCAAUCGUCCCUCCUGUGUCCCUGCUACCCGACGCACGCUACGAUGAGGUCAUGACGGCGUUCGGAGGCCGAGGGAUGCUGGUGAGGACGGUGGAGGAGCUGCGCAGUGCCUUGGAACUCAGCCUGAGCGACUGGGAAAAACCAAGUCUGCUCAACGUGCUCAUCGACCCCUCAUCAGACAGAAAGCAGCAG